AGCUGGACGUCCGGCUUGAGAGCGGGCACUUUCUUUUCGCGCGCAACCAAAGAGCGAUUUAAAAAUGGGUGAUGUUGAGAAGGGCAAGAAGAUUUUUGUUCAGAAGUGUGCCCAGUGCCAUACUGUGGAAAAGGGAGGCAAGCACAAGACUGGGCCAAAUCUCCACGGUUUAUUUGGGCGAAAGACAGGCCAAGCCCCUGGGUUUUCUUACACGGAUGCCAACAAGAACAAAGGCAUCACCUGGGGAGAGGAGACACUGAUGGAGUAUUUGGAGAAUCCCAAGAAGUACAUCCCUGGAACAAAAAUGAUCUUCGCUGGCAUUAAGAAGGCAGGGGAAAGAGCAGACUUGAUAGCUUAUCUCAAAAAAGCUACUAAGGAGUAAUAGUUGGCUGUUGCCUUAUUUACUACAAAACAAAAAUGUCUCAUGACUUUUUUUAUGUGUACCAUAUUUAAAUUGAUCACAUACACCAGAAUUCAGAUCAUGAAUGGCUGAUAGAAUAUUUCUUUUGGACAGUCCUGAUUUAAAUAAGAUUGGCUUGUGGUUAAAUGAAUAUGAUUGGCUUUUUGACCUUUGAUAGUAAUUCUGGUUCAGCAAGUGCUGUCACUGUUUUCCCCUUUGAGUAUGAUUGGAAUUGAUUAGAUUGUUGGGCUUUUCACAGAGAUGGUAAAUGCCAUCUCUAAACUUACAGGAGAUUGGUUUUAUAUUUAGAUUUAUAUAACUGGUUAUAUUAAUAUAUUUAAAUACUGAGGAAAUCCCUUCACUGUAUCAGAACAGCAAGACUCAGCUGUGUUUCAAAAGUUGUGUUAGCCUGUUAAAGGCAAGGGCUGAAGAUAGGCUGGCAAUGUCCACUUUAUCUUUUUAGUCUUAACUAUGCCAAUUUAAUUAAAAUUCCCUGCAUUUAAAAUGUUGCCUUUUGCUUAAUGAAAGGCAUUUUAGUGUGGUUUAUGUAUAAUAUUAAAUAAACAAUAGUAACACUU